UAUUAUUUACAGUUACAAUAAAUGAAAUUGGUGUAAGAAAAAACGUUACAUGGGAAAAUAUUAUUAUUGAUUAUAUAAUAUGCAGGAUCUUUCUUAAAAUUUGCGGGUACGGAGCAUAAUUAUUUUAUCGGAGCCUAAAAAAUAUUGCGAUGCUUUUCACACAAAGUGAGUAUGGCAACAACAAAGCAAGUGGCCGAACGCCCGAAGUUAAUACUUUUAUUCAGUGGGAAGAGGAAAUCCGGAAAAGAUUACUUAACAGAUAUCAUACACCAAAGAAUUGGAAAGGAUAAAUGUACUAUUAUCCGUUUAUCAGGUCCUAUAAAAAAAUAUUGGGCUGAAACUAAAUCAAUACUAUUUGAUGAACUCCUUAGUGAUGGUCAGUUGAAAGAGCAGUAUAGAAAAGAAAUGAUAGAUUGGAGCGAUAGUAUACGCUUCAAUGACCCUGGUUAUUUUUGUCAAAAAUCAGUUGAGAUGUAUGAUCCUAUGCAUUUAAAGGAUAUUUGGAUAAUUAGUGAUGCUAGAAGAAAAACUGAUAUAGCUUGGUUUAGAUCAAAUUUUAAAAAUGUGAAGACUAUUCGAAUUAUUGCCACAGAGUGCACAAGAAAAGACAGAGGAUGGAAAUACACACAAGGUAUUGAUGAUAUGACAUCGGAAUGUGACUUAGAUGACAUAAGUGAUUGGCACUGGGUUAUUCAAAAUGAUGAAGAUAUCGCUUCUCAACAUACAGUCAACAAAAUUGUUAGUUAUUCUCUGAGUGUUUAAAUCUGUCUUAAGAAAAUGAGUUAUGAGCUGUACCAUGAAUUAUAAUAGUUUAAUGAAUUCUUAUUACUCUUAGUUAAAUUUUUAUUUUAAAAUUAAACUUUACCAUAUAAUUAAUUAAUGAUAUAAAGUUCA